GAGUUCAUUCGAUUAGUCUUCGGUCACAUUCAACCGGUUGAUGCAAUUCUGAUUUUUUAAUAUAUUGAAGUUCUGGUGACUGGCUAUUGUAUUUCUGCGUAUUUCCUGCGAUUUUGCUUCGUUAUGAAACGCCUCGGCUGGCUAGGGCUGUGCCGGCGGCAAUUACUUUCAUCUGAAGGCGUAGGGCCGUCCAUUGACUUACGACUCUCGCACGGAAAAGUUUCAUCGUUACGUCAGUUUUUUACAUAUGCUCGAGCGUCGCAAGCAUUUCCUUCUGCCGUAGGGAACGGUCCUGACUUUUCCACAGCAUUUCCGGCGAGUAGACGUUUCAUACAUCGCACAGGAUCAUGUCGUUCUAUUGAACGAGAUUACUAUGAAAUUCUGGGGGUUCAACACAAUGCCAGUCGAGAAGAGAUUAAAAAGGCAUAUCAUGCGUUGGCGAAAAAGUACCAUCCGGAUGCAAAUAAAAACAAUCCUUCUGCCAAAAAGAAAUUUCAGGAGAUAAGAGAAGCCUAUGAGACUCUGCAGGAUUCUGAGAAGAGAUCCCAAUAUGACCAGAGGCGUAGUGGAGAGUUUGAGAAUGUAGGGUUUGGUGCUGGUGAUGCGGACGGGUUUAGCUAUACUUAUCGUACCCAUUUUUCUGACUCAUUUCAAAAGAUUUUCUCUGAGAUCUUUGAACAUGAGACCAGCCGUCGUCCCUCAGAUAUUCAGGUUGACCUGCUGUUAUCUUUUGCUGAAGCUGCGAAAGGAUGCACUAAGGAUUUGUCCUUUGAUGCUCUGGUUCCCUGUGAUUCUUGCUAUGGCCGUGGCUAUCCAGUACAUGCAACGAAAAGAAGCUGCCCUACCUGCAGAGGUUUAGGUAGAGUUACUAUUCCUCCAUUUACAUCGACGUGCACUACUUGCCGAGGAUCAGGUCAAAUCAUUGAGGAAUCAUGUGGGCAAUGCAGGGGAACGGGGGUUGUGGAGGGUGUCAUGAAGGUUACAGUUACUAUACCUGCUGGGGUUGAUUCUGGAGAUACUAUUUGUGUAUCAAAAGCUGGUAAUAGUGGCGGACGAGAAACUCAUCCUGGCAACUUGAUCAUUACAUUGAAGGUUGCUGAAGAUCGUGUCUUUAAGAGAGAAGGUGUGGAUAUUUAUGUGGAUUCUAAUAUCAGCUUUACUCAAGCUAUUCUUGGGGGCAAGGUUGAGGUUCCAACAUUGUCAGGCAGGAUGCAAAUAGAAAUACCAAAAGGCGUUCAGCCAGGACAACUAUUAACACUGAGAGGGAAAGGAUUGCCGAAACAUGGAUUUUUUGUUGAUCGUGGAGAUCAGUAUGUGCGAUUCCGUAUUAAGUUUCCAACUGAAAUAAGCGAACGCCAGCGUGCCAUUUUAGAAGAGUUUGCUGAAGAAGAAAUAAAGCAUGGGAUUGGCAACUCAAAUGAAGCAAGUUGGCUUUAUCAGCAGCUCUCUACUGGUUGAACUUUCAGGUGGCAACGAAUUGUUAACCAUGUUGGGGAACCUAUGUUUGUUCUUGAACUGUCCCUAUUGAUCUUGAUCGUUGUGCUCCUAACUUCAAGGGGCUGAAUGAGGUCCAGAGGUUUCGAUGGUACAUAUUUUUGCAAGUCUCUAUUGAAGUGGGAAGUCGAUCUACUCAUUCAAUAAAGUACUGUUGAUAGAUACAAGGUCAAUUUUUUGGUACCUGAGUUGCGGAUUCGAAUUUGUAGAUUACCCGAGUGAAGAACUUAGUUCAGAAAUUUUACAUAUAGAUAUUACAAUGAGUUGAUGGAAGAUCUCUGAAUCUCUUUCUCUGGAAGGAAGGAAGUUGUUGUAUCUUUUCUUCGUUUCUCCGUAAGCUUUCAUGCAGUGGAGCACUACCGUUGGGAUUUUGAGAUUCUCAGCGGCUCAGGCUUUUGCUAUCAAUUCUUACAACUGACUCAGAAAUACAAACUGUUUGAAUCAGCAGCGACUUCAUAUAUUAAUGGUAACAUACUAAUUAAUAUUCUAUUA